GCUGUCCGGAAGGUGUUUAUAGUUACACACCGUCGGGAAACUGUCAUGGCGUCCGGAUACAUUGUAAAUCGUGGUGUGCUAAUAUUUGGAAUUCACUAUCAACAUGUUUGUAGAAAUGUACUCCUUACACAGACACGAGAGAAGAAGCGAUGGAUGAAAGCAUAUACUCUAUUGAUGGAAAGAAAGUUGAAGAUUGAAGGGCCUCCACCACCUAAGCCACGGUAAUGCUAGCUAAGGUAGCUUGGUAUCCUAGGGGGAUCAAGUCAAGGCCAUUGGUGUUGGUGCUCAUGGUUAACGUUAGCUAGAUAAGAAAGUUGGCAUAAAUAGGAUGCAGAAUUCAAAAUGUUUGUAAAAUUCAGUGCACCUGUUAUCUCCUGCAAUACACUAUCUUAUGAAGAGGAUCAAUUUGACAAUCGAUUGGACAUGGGCUACAUAAUCUGGGGCAAUUGACAAAUACUGAAAUUAGCUGGCUAGCCAAUAUAGAAGAGACUACUGUAUUUAGCUACAUACUGAUUACAUGCACCGUGAUCUUAGUUAUUAAUUUCCCUAUGUUCUGUCUCCUAGUUCUCAAAAACCUAACUGGGACUACCAUGCAGAGGUCCAGGCAUUCAGCAGCCGCCUUAAAGAAAGCUUCUCCCCGGAGCUCCUGAAGACAGCCUUCGUGAAUCCCUGUUACAUUCAGUUAGAGCAAGAGAGGAGGCAGGCACUCGGCGUGGACUCUGAAACGGCCGCUCUGGUCCUGGGGGAUAACAUUCAGCUGCACACACAGGGUUUGGAGUUCACCAAGAGCUUCCUGUCUGACUGGUGCAAGGCCAGCUUUCCCUAGCCUGCCCAGCAAGGGAGUGGUCGCCAUUGUCGGGCACUUGACCAGUCAUCCAGUAGUGUGCCAUGUGGCGCGGAACCUCGCCAUUGAGGACCUAACUAUGAGCGCUCAAUUCCCUGUCCCUGACGAAGUAUUGCACAGUACGUUCCUCGCUGUGAUCGGAGCACUCCAGGAGAGCAGUGGAGCUGAGAGAGCAGGACUUUUCCUUCGGGUAAGAGGAAGAUCCUCAACCUUCAACACACCGAACUAAACAGUCAUGAUUAAACAUUUCAAAUUAACAUUAGUUUGCUUGUGUAUCUAAAGAUGACACCUCCCAUGCCCUCUUCUCUCCCUCCAGGAUUUUCUGGUCACCCAGUUGGUAGGUAAAGACCUGUUUGAGAUGUGGUCGGUGGUGAACCCCAUGGGGCUGCUGGUGGAGGAGCUGUCCAAGAGGAACGUGGCCCUCCCGGAGCCUCGCCUCACCAGGUCGGCCGGCGCCGGCACCGUGCUCCCACUCUACUUUGUAGGGCUGUACAGGUACGCCUCACUGGCCUUUCCCAUCAGUACGCCUCCUGAUAAAGCCUAGGAAAUGUUCCUGACCAGGAAUACACUGUGACCAAGGACCUAAAGUAUUAUUUUUUGGUCAGGAAAAACUAUUGCCGUUACUUAUGGAGUGUGUGAGAGGUAUGGGGUAGUGUUCUGCCGGUAGUUCGUUGUUUGUUUUUUAUGGUACUGAGUGUGUGUGUUUGUGUCCUCAGUGAUAAGAAGCUCCUUGCCGAGGCUCCAGGGGAGACCGUUCUGGCUGCAGAGGAGGAGGCAGCACGCGUGGCCCUGAGGAAACUCUAUGGCUACACUGAGAACCGGAGACCCUGUGACUUCUCUGCAGCAGAGCAGCUCGGGCUUAUGCCCUCCAAUCCAUCAGCAACACAUAAAGGACAUGUCACUCCAAGCACUAUGUCUUCCAUCAGUUGAUGACCGCUCAUGACACGCCAGAGGGUCAAAGUCAAGCGGUUCCCUUAGCCUAUCAGGACCAACCUCUCACAGACUCAUACCCCCAGACCUAGGAAUACCCUCCAAACUAUGUGGUCUGCUCAGGCUUGUAAAUUAGAGGACUGUCCUUUGGCAAAAUACUUUUGUUUUGUGUAAUAUAUUAUUGAUCUAAAAGCUAAAUGUUUCAUGUCCAUAAUAAAUAUGUAUCCUUGAGCAAAUCUCUUGAAAUAAAGUUUAUCAUACCAUC